AUGUUACAGACCCCCUCAUCCUCCGCACCGGCUACUGCGAUGGUUACCGAAGGCGUCGAUAAAUCACAACGAUCACGGCGGAAGAGAAAGGCGGACACUCAGGAUAAUGAACGACUUUCUAAGCGCCUGAGUUUGCUCAACCUUGAGAAGAGCGGGAACAAGCUCUAUGUCCCUGUUGAAGAGCCGACAGCUUCAAUACCGGCCGUUCCUACAUCUUCCUCGAAUACUCCUAAUGUACCCGCGAAUCUUCCAACUCCUGACGAGACUAUGCAAUUAGACGAUUCAAAACACAAAGUAUACAUCUACAAUAUCGACGACGAACUCUCCUCUGAUAGCGAAAGCGAUGAUCCCGGUAAACUCGUCUUCCUCCCUGACAUCGAAAAGCACCUGCGCGCAAACCGCAUCCCUCCAUCUGUGCUGGCCAAUAGUGAAGGUGAAUUGGCAGGCAUGCAGGUUGUUCUUUACAGCGAUCCGAAGUCUUUGACGGUUCCUGAGGAUAAAGAUAGUGUGCGCAAGGCCAUCAUCGAAUCGAGACAGCGCGCAAGAGAACAGCAACGCUUAGAAAGAGAGGGGAAGAUCGAGGUUCCGGCAAUAGAGAACAGCACCGUGAGUAAUGACAUGCCACCAGGCGCAGAUGAUCCAGACGCAAUGGAUCUAGAUUAG